UGAAUCUUUCAUUCAUCUUUCCUUUUUAUGGUCACCCACUGAAAGAAAUCACAGUUGCUACUGGAGGUUUCAUUUACACUGGAGCUGUAACCCAUCAGAUGCUCACAGCCACUCAGUACAUUGCUCCCUUGAUGGCCAAUUUUGACCCCAGCUUGUCCAAAAACUCCACUGUGUUAUAUUAUGACAAUGGAACUGCGCUGGUCGUUCAGUGGAACCGAGUCCAGCUCCGGGACACCAGUCUGGGAACUUUCACCUUCCAGGCCACUUUGCACAGUGAUGGACGGAUUGUUUUUGCCUACAAAGAGAUUCCCGUCGCCGUCAAUGACAUCAGUUCUGAGAACCAUCCUGUCAAAGUGGGCUUGUCGGAUGCGUUCGUGGUGCUUCAUAACAUCGAACAGAUUCAUAAUGUGCGUCGGAGAACCAUCUACGAGUAUCAUAGAAUAAACAUCCCAAAGUCCAAAAUCUGCAGCUCCACCGCAGUGGAACUGCUCCCCUUCCCAACAUGUCUGCAGUUCUCCAGCUGCGGCCCAUGUGUCACCUCUCAGAUUGGGUUUGACUGCAGCUGGUGCAGUCGACUACAGAGAUGCUCCAGUGGCUUUGACAGAAAUCGUCAGGAGUGGGUUGACCUCGGCUGCCUAGAGGAGAGGCGGGAUCCACGAUGUCUCCCAAUGACGAACGUCAAAAAUGGAACAUCACGGCUCGUGUCGUUUCCUUCUACAUCCACUUCAAAGCAGCAGAGGACCUUAAACAUGACGCCCACCCCCGCGUGCAAGACAUCCACCACCAAUGAGCUUUUAUCACACAGCAGAUCUGGCAGCAGGGACAAAACAAGUGAACAGCUACCAGCCAACACAUCUGCAAAUGAUGGAAAUAUUGAGAGGAUAGAGGAGAGCGAGAAAGCGAUGCCAGGAGGCCUCCUGGCAGGCGUCGUCAUAGCGAUGACAAUACUGCUGGCAGCUGUUCUCACAUCGAUCUACAUGUACAGCCACCCCACCUCCAGCGCCAGUGUUUUCUUCAUGGAGAGACGUCCAACCCACUGGCCAAUCCUGAAGUUCAGACGGGGCUCCGGUCGGCCAUCCUACGCUGAAGUGGAAACUCCUGGUCACGACAGAGACGGUUCUGUCAUCAUCGACCUCAAACAAUCUUUUGUCAUUUCAGACAGAAGAGAGAGCGAGCAGAAAGAAGGGUUUAUAGUUCCCGAUCAAAGAGAAUGCUUUCUUGCCUCAGAAAGCUCCUGACCAAAGCUGUACGUUUUUUUUGUUUGUUUUUUUUUUGGGCUUCAGGGCAGAGCUGGUUCUCUGCGUAACAUCUGUUUUGUCUUACGGAUAACGACGAGUUCACUUUAGGAACAAAGAGCAGAAACAAAACACGAAACCUCAGUGAGGAUAUUUCAACAGUGCAUCGGCAUUGUGAACCGACGAGUCUUAUGUAAAAGGAAGAAACUCUUGGUUUUAUCCUUCUGUCGCUUUCAGCCCAGAGAGCAGGAGGUGAUCCUGCUUUUCCCUCAAAGAUGCCCCUUAUUUUCCUUUUACACCUACUUCACAGAGAGGAAUGUUGUGUUUGAGUGUCACUUCCUGAUCUCAAAAACACAAACAUUCCUUCCCAUGACACCCACCCACCUCUGACGGGCAAUGUUCCUUCCAGCCCUGUUUACGUCGGAGCACAGCAUUCCCAGACGGCAGCAGGUGUGCGCAGCUUUUCAAUUUUAUUACUAUUUUGAGCUUAAAAGACAGAAAACAGUUACUGAUUUACAAUGCUGUACAAAAUGUGCACUAGAACAUACACAACAGGGGAAUAAUACUCAAAGAUUACACACAAUUAUUUUAAUUUCAAAUGUAAGAGUUUUACAGGUUGUAUAACAUGCUACACUUGCUUUUAUGUUUGCGUAAUUUAUAAUUGUUUACAUGCUGUUUGUAGAGUUUUGUUUAGAAGCUGCUUCUACGGUUAGCCUUUAUUGAUUUCACAUUAUGUAUAUUAAGUGUCAUAAAAGGAUAUCUGUGAGCAACAGAUUUAAAAUAAAGUUUUAAUGGUGCUGAAACAAA